AUGCCACAACACCUACGAACGCCGCCUCGGCAAUCCCUUCUUAAUGGAAGCCGCCUGAACAUUCAAGAUGUGAUCCCACCAGAACAGCAGGCUCACAACAUUGCAUCCCACUCCAUCCCAGCUGACUUGGAAUGUCUCAGUGACUCCUCCCCACCACCACAACCUGAAAAACAUAUCCCCUCACCCCUAGAGAUUCAGCUGGCUUCUAUCCAACACAACACAAACACAAACUUUGACUUCGUUAACAAAUUCUUCCUUGCACUAGCCAAAAGCCGAGGAUGGGUGGACACUAAGCACAUAGAGGUUCUUAUGUGGAGUCUAGGAAAGAAACACUCCCUCGUCGUCCACCAAGAGCAAGCUGAUUUUGUCUCCCCAUGGCUUCUAAGCCACCUUGAAGCCAAGUCUCGGAGUUUUAAAAAAGCAAUCAACAAGGACCUACACCGUUUUGAUGACCAACUGUGGCAAUUCGUCCUCGCACCGAGAAGAUCGUGGCUACUUGACGUUCAGACUAUCUACGCCCCAAUGAACUUACAAGACAGGCACUGGGUCGGCUUGGCCAUACAUCUCCAAACAAAACUCAUCCAGGGCUACUACACCAACUUCCAGGGCGGAGAUUGCGGACCAGUGGCUGCAAAAUUCAUGGAGUUGCAUGUCAACACCGUCUCAGAUCAGCGACUGUGGUGCUUCACGGACAAGAUGGUCGACGAUUUCCGCAAGCAAUGGGCGAUGGACAUUUACAAAGAUGUUGUUAUCCCGCUUUACUUUCCGCCGCCGCAGUAG